AACACAUAAUUAAGCGAUACUAACAUUCAUCAUAAACACACUGGUCCAAAGUCUUUUCCUUAAAACUAUACAAGUCCUAGUGUUUCUUCAGUUUCCUGAACUCUUCUCUGAAAGAUCUAUAGUGUCAUGGGUAUCCGUAUGCCUCGUAUUACUAGUCUCAAACAAAUUCUUAACCGCUCAUCUUUCUUAUUAAAUCCUGAUCUAUCUUCAACAAUUCCAAAGGGGUGCUUGGCAGUUUAUAUUGGGGAGAGGCAAAGAAGCCGAUUUGUGGUACCCAUUUCAUACCUGAAUGAGCCUGCCUUUCAAGAUUUGUUAAGUCAAGCCGAGGAAGAAUUUGGAUUCAAUCAUCCGGAAGGAGGUCUUACAAUUCCUUGCUCAGUGGACACAUUCAAUGAAAUCACUUCGCGCCUGAACAACUUAUAGUCUUGUAGAUAGUAUAGCACCUCCGAUCUCAUUUAUUGAGUUUCUGAGUGUAAACUGUAGAACAUACAGAUUUUGUAGGGGAAGCAUAAUUUGAUACUCAAACUUUUUGAACAUAUUGACCAUCACUUAUGCUCAUGUUUACUUGUUAUUUUCUAUAAAGCAUAUCACCAAGUG